AAUAAAUGAUCUUUAUCUGUUGCUGCAAACACGAGCUGCUCGCUCUCAGCCUUCAAGUUUACAUGAAUUCAAAAACUUUUCAUAUACAGCUGACAUUUGUUUCCAUCUUCUCUACAAUCAGCUGCACCAGAUGGAUGUAGCACGCAAAUGCCAGUCAGGACGUGAGGUUAACCUCAUGGUGCCUCAAACUGGUAGUUUAUACUGGCCAGCUUUUAUAUGAAGGCUACCUACGAUUAGAGGGCAUUAUCGGAGCCCAUGCUGGUAUCGGUAUUAGUGCAUGUCUUCCAAAAAGGCUCAUCUACACGGUUGUUUCAGGGGUAAUGCGGUCACUUGAGGGCCGACGUUAUUCAGGGCACUUAGAGAAGAGGCUUUGUGGCGAAAUGCAAAUCUUCAAGUUCAGAAAGAAACUGGGAAGUUGGGCACUUCCUCUCCAGUUUCUCUCACGGCAGUAAUUUUGUUUUUCUCUACGUUCAUGAUGCAGCUUUUUUCAGCUCUGAUCCUGAUUAUGACUUUAUCUACAGCAUGUGGCUUAAGAUGCUACACAUGCACAGCUGCUGACCCACAUUCCUGCACAGACACCACAUCUUGUUCUUUCAUCUUCAACCGCUGUUACUCUUUGAGGGUAGAAGGUUACAAUGUGGUCACCAAAGGCUGCCAGAAUAGCAUAACAUGUGGAGGCGCCAUAGCUUGCUGUGAGGGGGACCUGUGCAACAGCGCCAUACCUACUGGUCCCAGUAUCAUCCUCCUGCUGGUAUCUUCAUCCGUCAUCACACUCUUACUUUGAGCCUUUGGAAGAGCUACAGCUGUGAAUAUUUACUGUAGCAGUUCCCAUGUAACACUUUUGAUUUGUACAACUUUAAAAGUCAAACUUUUCAUUUUCCCUCCUGCUAUGAGUCAUUUGGACCAAUUUUCAGUCGACUAAAAUACUGAUUUCCUUCUCUUUUAUCCCUGGAAUUCAUUAGUGUCCUGAUUUUAAGUGUAAAAUGUGUCUGUCCCCUGAUCUGUAGUGGAAGGUCUGUACUGAAUUUGUAUACAUUGAUGUUUGUAGAUCAAUUUGACCUGCAUGUGUUCAUGUAGUCGUAUGUAAAGGCAAAAUAAAAAGGGUUAGUUAUUGACAA